AUGGCCGACGGACUUCACCUGAAAAUUGACUCUACAAAGGACAAGAAGACGCGAACGUACAGGGUUACGUGCGGCGACAACCCUGCCCCUAUGUACACGGUCCAGAUAAACAAGAAGUCGAAGCCGCAUGCUAAAGUGACAAAGCACGGCAUACCGGUUAACAACCAUCCGCCACCUCCACCCCCCAUGCAGCAGCAGCAACCACCACCGUAUGGCUUUCCACCACCAGAGCAUUUUAACCAGCCAUAUAACCAGCCAUACGCUCAACCAUAUAAUCAACCGUACAACCAAUCAUACAAUCAGCAUUCUUACCCGCCCUCCCAGCCACAGAGCCAAUCCUACUACCAAAGUUUUAACAACUAUCAACCUCCACCCGGCCAGGUCGUCGGCACAUUGACGUUUCACGAUCUGUCCUCCAAGAUCGAUGUCUCAAUAAGUGGAUAUGAUACAUCAAUGAGACGCCCUGACCCUCUGGCCUCUGGCCGCAAGUUCCUGACUCGUAGCAUGGGGAAGCUACAGUGGAAGGAAGACGGUCUGUUCAGCAGUAACCAGAAGCUGGUGGAUGAGAGGCGCAAUGUGAUAGCGAAGUACAAUAAGGAUGACCAAGAAAUUAUUGUUCUACUGCCACCAAAUCAAAUUGACCAGCAUCUGGAUAUGAUUGUCGUCACAGGGAUCGGAAUCAUCGAGGCCGAAAGGAAGUCAGACGAUGACGGUGAUAUUGUCGAAGGGAUCCUUGAUUUCAUUUGA